UCAUUCCUUCACAAUGCAGCGCCAAACUUCGAAGAUAAUACGCAGACUCCUAACCCCAUGAGUACAGAAGUUACUCAUUUACGCUACGCUUCGAAAACAAUGAGGGCAAGCGCACCAGUUGAAGGCCAUGGUCUUCGCCAAUGGCAUGCAGGUUAACUUGAAGCUUCACCGAUGAUGUUCUGGGUGCUGAGAAACAUGCCAUGAAUGCGCUUGAUCAACCAUUACCCUUGCGAAGAACUACAUGACCGGAACAUGUUUUGCUCUCCUCCAUAUCACGGCGGGAAUAGGAGGGUAAGGGCGGGUACAAACAUCACCACCCAUAGCAAGUGUGAACGCAGUAUAUCAUUGAGCUCAUCCGGGAGUUUGGGUUUGCCUCCCUACUUUCGUUUUUGCGGCGUCUUGGCCGAUGACGAGCAAAAUUGAAGAUCGUGGAUGAUGCAUGGACCGCCAGCUUCAUGUUAGUGCUUGCGGAUUGCCUCGACGCGCGAUUUUUCGAGUAAUUAGGGUUUGGUCGCAAUGGGCGAAGCGAAUGAUGAGACCGCGCUGGAAGGAGAGCUAGAAACCCACUUGGAGGAGAAUCGGGCGUCCCUGCAGGCCGUUGACGAAGCUCUUGCAGUGGAUUUUAACAAUUCCGAGCUAAUCAUGAUUCGGGAAGAGUUACAGCAAGCUGUGAAGGGAGCAGAAGAAAGCCUGUUACACCUCAAGCGUGCUCGGCUACUUCGAGAGGUAGAUGCCAUGACUCAGCGGCAGGAAUCUCCAUCUGAAGGGGGACAAAUCGAGGUGGCUGAUGAGCUGCCUCAGUCGGUUUCUAGGUCAGAUAUGGGGGAUGUGGUCCCUCCCCAGCCGUUCUCAGUCGGUUCUAAAUGCCGUUUUCGUCAUAGCGAUGGGAGAUGGUACAAUGGUUGUAUUCUUGGCAUGGAGGAUGACUCUGUCGCUCGUGUGGCUUUUCUACAUCCAACUUCCGAAAAAUUGCAGAUGUGCAGGUUUUUCCUGCAGCAACAAUGUCGAUUUGGUAAUAAGUGCCGUCUAUCUCAUGGUUUAGAAGCCCAUUUGAAUGCUCUGCGCAAUUACGAGGCUCCUGAAUGGAAGCAAAUACCAUUGGGAUCUGCAGUCCUGGCGGAAGCUGGAAACGGGCUAUGGCGAGCUGCAGAGCUAGAGUUGUGGGACGAAGGACAGCAGCGUGCCACGAUUGUAUUUAGUGCUGAUGGAAAGCGAAUGGACGUCGAUAAAGAUGACCUUGCACAGUCCGAAUACGCAUUACUUAGUGAUGCAUCAGACACCUCAGAUGAAGAUGGGGAUGAAAGCGAUGAUUUUGUGGACGAAGAAGAACGUCCUACUCUUGGAUCAUUCUGUGCAGGUGUGCAAACAGAGACAGUUACUUUUGCAAAUUGGGAGAAGCACACUCGCGGAGUGGCUUCCAAGAUGAUGGCUAGCAUGGGGUUUCGUGAGGGAAUGGGACUAGGUGUAUCUGGUCAAGGUAUUAUACAACCAGUGAAGGUUCAGAUGCGACCAGCCAAGCAGUCACUGGGAUUUGGUCAGGAUAACCAAGAUGGAGAACAAGGGGACGCUGAAAAGACUGCUAAAAAAAAAAAGUCCAGGGGUGGGAAGAGGAAGCGUGAUCAAAAGUGGGCUAACGCACAAAGAGCAGCCAAGUCCAAAAUGGAGGUUAUUGAAGAAACUCGAAAUGUUUUUGACUUCAUCAAUCAUCAUCUCACUGGUCAACAGGUUUCAGCUACUAAAUCCAGUAAGGUUAGGCCUGGUGGUUCUCAAACCAACUGUAGUGGAUCAGUCAGUGAUAAGCAGUCACUAGAGAAGGCCAAUCGGCAAACAAUAGUAGCUCAUGAAGAUGAAAUUAAGGAGCUUCGUAGCAAAGUUAGCAAAUUGCAGGAGAUGGCUACUCGGAACCGCAAGGAGAAAGUUGUAUAUGAGGCUGUUGGCCGAAAGUUAGUAGAGGCUCGGAAAGCCUUGGCAUCUGCUGAAGCGGCUCAUGCCACCACAACGCAUGCAGUUAACAGCAAGGAAAAGGAGCGGAAAUGGCUAAGAUUUUGAAGCAUCUUGUCUGUCCCUAGGGUUUGUUGAUUACAGUCAAACUGUUUCUCUCAAGCCUUGGAACAUUCGAUUCUUGUUGGACAGCUAAUCUGCAUGUAAGCCAUGCUAGUUGUUGAGCACGAAGGCUUGCACAUUUCAGUUAUGAGUCUCAAAAUUAAUUUUACCCAUCGCAGGAAGGCUUGCUCAUUUCAGUUAUGAGUCUCAAAAUUAAUUUUACCAAUCGCAGGAAGGCUUGCUCAUUUCAGUUAUGAGUCUCAAUUAA